CAGUCAGUGAAACGUCAAAGUCAAUAUACACUAAAAAAAAUGUUGAGAGGCUUUAGCUUUCAGUCUUUCCCAGUUUAGUAGGUGCUUUAAUACAAUCAGUUGAAUCAGACGACGAAACGUGUCCACAUUAAACAGCGCUUUCAAUGUGGCUCCAAGUGAUUAUCCUAACCCUCUUCGGCACCGUGCUGCUCUGCAGCUGUGUCGAGUGCAUGAAUCACUGCUAUCUGCAGCUGCUGGAGCUGCUCUUCGCCUACACCGCGCGACAACUGGAGGCGACACGCAGCCGAAGGAAACGCAACAAGAGCCAAAAGGUGCCGCAGCCGAAGCCAAGCGAACUGAAGGCACAACAGAAGGAUGCACUGAAUGAGCGCAUGGAGCAAUGCUGCGAGUUGCUGGCCGAUGGACUGCGUCUGGUGCUGGACGAUGAGGUGACCACGAGAUUUGCGGCCGCAGCGCCGCCGCCUGGGGAAUGGAAUCUGUUGACACGCAAUCUGCGGCAUCGCCAUCGUCAGCUCAACUGGCAGCUGCGUCUGCUCUGGCUGCUGGGCAUUCUGUGGCGCUAUCUGCUGUUGGUGCCGCUGCGCACCGUCGGCUGUGCCAGCUGUCUGCUGCUGCUCACGCUGGUCACCGGCGUGCUCGGCCAUCUGCCCGAGUGGAGCUUCAAGCGACGUCUGGUGCACUUGGCGCUGAGGCCGUGCUUUCGCCUGACCAUGAUGUGCAUUCCGGUGGUGCGAUGCGUGCACAAUCUGGAGCAGCGGCCACGCAUGGGCAUCUGUGUGUGCAACCACACGAGUCCGCUCGAUGUGCUCGUGCUCAUGUGCGAUGUCCACUAUUCACUCACCGGCCAGCGACACGAUGGCAUCCUUGGCCUCAUCCAACGGGCCUUGGCUCGGGCAUCGCCGCAUUUGUGGUUCGAGCGUCGAGCGUUGGGCGAUCGCGAAUCGUUGGGUUUGGUGCUGCGUCUGCAUGCCGCCGGCUGUGGUCGGCCGCCCAUCUUGCUCUUCCCCGAGGGCACGUGCAUCAACAACACGGCGGUCAUGCAGUUCAAGAAGGGCAGCUUCGCCAUCUGCAAUGUCGUCUAUCCAGUCGCUGUGCUCUAUGAUCGACGCUUUGGCGACGCCUUCUGGGACAGCACGCGCUGCUCGAUGAUGCGCUACAUUCUGCACGUCAUCUCGUCGUGGUCGAUUAAGUGCGACAUCUGGUAUCUGCCGGCGGUGCGGCGUCAUCUUAACGAAUCGCCCAUUGAGUUUGCCAACCGGGCCAAAGCUGUCAUCGCUGCUCAGGCGGGCAUCGAGGAUCUCGCUUGGGAUGGCAAUCUCAAGCGAUGGAAUCCUGUGCGCGAUUGGUAGUCUCGGGAAUUGUGCAUCAACUUGUCAUUUCAAUUGAGAUUUCAAUAAAUCGAAUUCACACUAAACAAUUCUGCA